AUGGGUUCAUGUAAGAGUAAGGCUCGGGCUAAACGUCCUGAGGACAAAGACACACCAACAAACCUCAAGACACAACAACAACAACAGCAGCAGCAGCAGCAGCAGCAACAGCAGCAGCAACAACAACAACAACAAGAGGAGGAUGAUCAUAAGAGCAACAAGAGUCAACAACAACAACAGCAACAAGAUGAACAAUUAUCAUCAUCAUCUGCUGCUGCUGUUGCUGCUGCUGUUGCUGCUGGUGCUAUAGAUGAUGAUGAAUGUCCUCCAUCAAUACAUCCAAAUGAUCAACAGCAGCAACAGCAGCAGCAGCAGCAGCAGCAGCAGCAGCAGAAUAACAACGAGGAGACAGAAAUAACAAGAGAACAACACCAUCAGCAACCCCACCCUUUAGACCCAUCAUUCUCCUCCUCAUCAACAGCAGCAGCAGGAGGACAAUCAGCAGCAGGAGGACAAUCAGGAGGACAAUCAGGAGAAGAAAAGAAUAAUGAUGAUGAAUUAGUUAGUCGUCCUUUAAUAACAUUAGGUAAUGGUGUAACAUAUAUUGGACAAUGGAGAGGUAGCUAUAAGCAUGGAUACGGUAUACAGGAAUGGGGAGACGGUGCUCGUUAUAUAGGGGACUGGGUAGAUGGAUAUGCAUGCGGUCAUGGUGUAUUUAUGCAUGCAGAUGGUGAUUAUUAUGAUGGUAAUUGGUAUAAGGAUAAGGCUAAUGGUUAUGAUAAGAGGGUAUAUAUAGGUCAAUGGUUAUAUAACCGCAUGCAUGGUAAGGGUACAUUCUUAUGGGCAGAUAAUAGGGUAUAUAUAGGUCAAUAUAAGCAGGAUAAAAAGGAAGGAAAAGGUAUUUUCUUAUGGACUGAUGGUAGGGCAUUUGCUGGCUAUUGGAUCAAUGGUAAACAGCAUGGAUUAGGUACAUUUACUGCAAGAAAUGGAGAACAAAAGAGGGGAAUCUGGGAAAAUGGCAAAAGAAUUGCAUGGAUUGAUGAUUCUUAUACAAUACAGCAGCAAGGGCAGCAGCAGCAAGGGCAGCAGCAGCAGCAGCAAGGGCAGCACCAGCAAGGGAAGAUACAAGAAAAAGGAGAAGGAGAGGCAUUAUAUUCGUUACAGGAAAAAGAAUACAAGAAACAGCAACAAAUACAGCAGCAGCAGCAGCAGCAAAUGAUUAUUAAACAGCAGCAAAUGCAGCAAGAAUGGAUACAUAAGAUACAACAACUGCAGCAGCAAGAAUUAUUAAUAAAAAUACAAAAUAUUAAUAAUGAGCAAGAUAUACUGCAGCAAGAGCAGCAACUUAAAUUGCUGCAGCAGCAGCAGCAACAACUUAUUCAAGAACAGCAGCAAAUGAUCGAAGAAAUCGAGCAGCAAAUUGAACAGCAGCAGCAGCAACAUAUGCAGCACCAACAACUCCUACACCAACUUUCUGCUGCAGCAGGAGGAACAGCAGCAGCAGCAGCAGCAGCAGCAGCAGCAGCAGCAGCAGCAGCAGCAGGAGGAGAAGGGAAUGAUGAACAGCAACAGAUAGAGCAACAAAUGCUAUUAAUGCAACAAAACAGCAGCAGCAGCAGCAGCAGCAACAGCAGCAGACAAUCCUUGCAUAAUUCAGCAACAACCCCACCUAUCGUAAACACACAACCAUCUGCUACCCAUAGUGUAUUAAAUGCAUAA